UGGAAACAAAAAAUCAACGCCUUCUCUGCGCGAUAGCAAUGGAGCCAAGAGCAAAAGAAGUAACGGCAGAGGAUGACUCCCUAGACUCUCGUUCACCUGGAACAGACGAAGAAGCGAUCGUGCCACAUCAGUUUCAAGGUUCGAGGAAGACAGAGUACGACACGUUCAAGAAGACAGAGUACGAAUCUUUGCAUCUUUCUCCGGAAAAAUCGGUGAUCAAAGUGCUCUGGGAAAGGGUUAGUGCUGAAAUCGGCCAGAGGAGUAGCCGCACCAUGCAGGCAGGUAUAAAAGGAUCACUGUCCGUGAGAAAAACAUGGUCUCCUCCAGCUACAGCAUACUACGAUGAGUAUCCAACUCCGCGACAGCGACUGCCUUCUGCGGAAGAGAAAUCGAACGCUAAAGUCGUCUGGGACCGCGCCGGCGCUGUGGCUGACCACGACAGCUCCGCCGAUAUUCAGACAGGAUCACAAACAAUAGACACGAAAGAGGAUGAACCUGAGCACCAGUUAACCGAGUCCGAUCAUGAUAUGGUGCCCUCGAUUGCUGCAAUAGAAUCAACCCAGCUCGUUUGGGACCGUGUCAGCUCUGUGAUUAACCAGGAGAGCGUCGCCAAUAUACAGGACGACAAUACUAGCUAUGCUGGAAGCAGAGAACAAGUUGCAGUAAAAGGGGAGGAAAGUAAUGCAUCUUUAGAUACAUCUAAAUCUGAGCAUCAGCGACAGCUAGAAGCGGAUAUUGUGACUAGUGAGAAGCAACAAGACGUGGGGACUGAAGACACGAUUAGUUCAAAAACUCCGGACAGCACAAGUGAUUUCGCCCCCAGAGGAGAGCAAGAAGACCAGGAGUCUGUGGAAGAGUAUGUAACGAUUUAUGAUGGCCCGAACAAGGAGCAACUGUUAAAUGACUCUCCUCUGGGUGCAGAGCUCGAAGCCGCAACUAAAACACACACAGCUACUUUCAAGACGAAGGAAAUACCUGGCCGUUUAACCAACUACUUAGAAGAGCAAAGAGUUAUGAACGAAGAGAAGAAGAAGAGUCAAUAUUCUCCCUUUAUUAUGGAUUCUACGCAAAUGCAACAUCCUAUAGAAGAGAUCCAGGAAGAAGUGAAACCACGGCAUAUCCUGCAUGAAGAUGUACCUGUAACAAAAACUGUGGAAUCUCUUUCUCAAAUUUCUGACCCCGAAACGAAUCAAGAUGGAGGUGAGGAAGAGGAGGGGGUGCCUUAUAUAUCUUACAAUGCUCCGGAGGCGGUCCAGAAGGAGCUGAUGCAGCAGGCCGUGGUGGACACGCCGGAGCUGCCGGGAACUACUCUGCGGGUCACAACGCACAGUAAAAUGGAGGCGCUGCGGAAGGAGUUGGAGGAAUUGGAGGCAUUUGAUGACGACGAAGACACUUGCAUGUACGACGAACAGUCGAUGUCGCUAAAGCGACCGAUGACGAGGGAGGCGGCGGCCGUCCGCACGUACGUGAUGCCCGACCCCGUGCGCGCACGCAUCGACGUCGACGCCCUCAUCUACCACGUGCCCAGGUCCCCCGAGGCGCCACGCCGCUUCAGCGACAAGGUCUUCUUCAGGUUCAAGUGAUAUCUGCUGUCAGACUUCGAGCUAUUUAGACCGAGUGAGGAAGCCACAGGUUUUCAGGUGUAAGGAUUCAACGAAAAUAAAUUUCUUUACUCGCCUUAAGAG